CACCUAGCCAGUAGUCCGAUCCGGCGGACUCCCCCCACUCCCAGCCGCCAGCCCCGACGCGACGCCUCGCCGCCGGCUUCGCGACCUCAACUCCGAGCGCCGCCUCCCCCUCGAAUCGAAUACUUGUCUGUCGUCUGGAGGGCUGCGCCCAGGCGUCCGAACGGCGUGCCGCGUCUGGACCUCUCAAUUCCACAUACCGCCCGCCCGCCCGGUGCCGCGAUGGCUGCCGCUUCCGUUCCACCAGCAUCUUCCUCCGGCGGCUGGGACUUCACCUCCAACUUUGAAGUUGAUUAUGAGUCUGAGGAACAUGCAUCCAUAGUCUACAAAACGUUAGCAGUUGACAAGGAGUUGCAGCCUGACAAGGUCAAGAGGGAGAUGACUCUAUCAGGCAGCAAGCUUGCCGUGCACUUCGCAGCUGUAGAGGCUCGGUUUCUGCGAGCAUCGUUCAGCGCAUUUGUUGAUCUUAUGGGACUUGUGACGAAGCUUGUCGAAGAAUAUGGUGUGGCCAAGGAAGGGCAUUCUUGAAGAACAAUUUCAUGCACGGCAGUACAGCACUGUCUGAGUCCGUUUUAGUCCAUAUGGUUGGACAGUCUGUAUCAGUGGAAAUGCUUUUGGUUUGUCAAGAUAGUGUAUCAGUGUAUUUGAGCUUGAUUAGUCCAACCGUACUUAGAACAGUGACCUUUUUUUUUGCAUAUUCAACUUUACUUAAAGUCAGCAACAUUAAACAAAAAUGCACAGAUAACAUGUAUUCCAUCGUGAA